UCAAUCUCUGACAGUUUGUGUCUGUUUCUGAGACAAGUGCAUGUCUGCGUGGGUCUGUCUGUGACAGUGCAUCUGUGGUUUCUUUCCGAUAGGGUGGAUGAAUGUCCGUUUGUAUUACUGUGACAGAUUCUGGGUAGCUAUUUCUGGAUAAUUUCAGUGACAAUGCUGCAUGUCUGCUGGUGUGUGUGUGUGAGAGAGAGAGUGCGACUGGGUGGAUCCAUGUCUGUUUUUGUGAUACUGCCUAUCUGUGGCUCUAUCACAUAAGUAUAUGUAUGUCUUUGGAGCAGUGCAUGUGUGUCUUGAGCGUCUGUGUGUCUUCCUGUGACAGACUCUGGGUCUCAUUUCUGGAAUAGUACUAGUCUUUCUGUGACACUGCAUGUCUGAUGGUACAAGUGUCUGUGACAAGUUUUGGUGGUGUGUCUGACAGGACAUUUCUGUGUCCUUGUCAUAUGGCAGUGUAGGUGUAUGUGAAUCUGUCUGGAGUGCCUUUCUGUAACUGCAUCACUAGUGUCAUCCUGGGACAUAACUCUGGCAGCAUGCCUCCCUGACAGUGGAUUUCAGUCUGUGACAGUACAUAUCUCUCUGUGUUUAGGACAAGCUCAUGGGAAUGUGUCUGGCAAUAUGUUUUUGUGUAUUUCUCACAUGGUACUUUACUGUGUGUCUUUGGAGUGCAUGUCUGUCUUCCUGCAGCAUGAGGCCUGUUAUUUCCAAAUUUGUGGCUAAGGGCAUUUUACCACCUCUGAGCUCUUGCAGUCCUUGUGUGUGUCUCGUCCAGAAACACAUCCCAAGCCACUACCACCCUGGCUUGCUCCUACCUGCAAGAACCACCCCCCCCCACUCGCUAUUCCAGAUUCUGUACUUGCUGACUGGGUUCAUGGCCAGGUCUAGCCAGGUCUGUCUAUGUUAAGGGCUCCAAGGCAGUGGUGGUCAGGUUAGUCCUCCCUAACGGCUGAACAGGUUCUUCAAGGAUCCCUGACUUUACUUCCCGGGCUGAGGACACCUGUCGCCUAGAGGGCUCUGGACCUGGUUUGAAGAGUACCCUUCGGAGACAGGGUCAUGGAUAACCACAGGCUGAUUCUUAGAAGCCUUAGAAGGCCUGGCGUUAUCUCUGCGCUAGUCUCGAGGCAGUGGCGGCCAACCAACUUCCUAGGAAAGGGAGCGGUGUAUUUUUUUAAGUGUAUAUCUGCACAUACAGACAUAUAAAAACAAUGCCGCACAACCAAAACAAACCCGGUUGCUGCGAAAGGGAUUCCUAAAACCAGUUUCUUCUCCACACGCGCCCCCCUCGUGCGCAUGCAGACCCCGCCCCCGCGGAAGACACGGGCAUGUAUUUGCAUAAAGGGGUACUUGAAACGUUGAGGGUGGUAUGCAAAUAAGGGCUGGCUCCGAUUGGCUGGGGUACAGCAGGUGCUGUGUCCGGAUUGAUCAAAGCCAAGUGGGCGGGGCCGUCGCCCCGGGCGACUCUCUCGGGAGGCGCGUGCCCUGUCUCAGUAGCGUCAGGGCUGGCGCGCGCGGCCAAUCUUAACGUUGCGCUCUUUGCCGGCCCUUCUGGGCCACCAGUCUCCUUACCUUCCAUCCUGGCGCCCCCUAGUCCAGGUUCCCCGGACUCACUGCCCCGGGCGUCCACACCCUGCGGGCUCAGCGGGCUCAAUCUGCGCAGCUCCUCCUCCAUGUUGACUAAGCCUCUGCAGGGGCUCGCGGUGGCCCCCAUGACUCCUACGCCGCUGCCAGGAGGCAAGGAUCGGGAAGCGUUCGAGGCCGAGUACCAACUCGGCCCCCUCCUCGGUAAGGGGGGCUUUGGCACCGUCUUCGCAGGACAACGCGUCACAGACCGACUCCAGGUGGCUAUCAAAGUGAUCCCCCGGAAUCGCGUGCUGGGCUGGUCCCCCUUGUCAGAUUCAGUCGUAUGCCCACUGGAAGUGGCACUGCUAUGGAAGGUGGGUGCAGGUGGUGGGCACCCUGGUGUGAUCCGCCUGCUUGACUGGUUUGAGACACCAGAGGGCUUCAUGCUGGUCCUUGAGCGGCCUCUGCCUGCCCAGGAUCUCUUUGACUACAUCACAGAGCAAGGCCCGCUGGGUGAAGGCCGAAGCCGCUGUCUCUUUGCCCAGGUAGUGGCAGCUGUUCGGCACUGCCACGCCCGUGGAGUUGUCCAUCGUGACAUCAAGGAUGAGAACAUCCUGAUGGACCUCCGCCGGGGCUGUACCAAACUCAUUGAUUUUGGUUCUGGUGCCCUGCUUCAUGAUGAACCCUAUACUGACUUUGAUGGGACAAGGGUGUACAGUCCCCCGGAGUGGAUCUCUCGUCACCAGUACCACGCCCUGCCAGCCACUGUCUGGUCACUGGGUAUCCUCCUCUAUGACAUGGUAUGUGGGGACAUUCCCUUUGAGAGAGACCAGGAGAUUCUGGAGGCUGAACUCCACUUCCCUGCCCAUGUCUCCCCAGAUUGUUGUGCCCUAAUCCGCCGGUGCCUGGCCCCCAAACCCUCUGCCCGACCCUCACUGGAGGAGAUCCUACUGGACCCCUGGAUGCAGACACCAGCCGAGGAUGCAUCCCUCAACACUCCCAAAGAGGGUCCCACCCCUUUGGACUGGUCCCUACUGCCCUAGUGCUGGCUGGGGCUCCCGUUAGUUGACAUAGUCAUCCUGUGGCCAUGCCACGGGGAAAGAUGGUUAUCUGUUGAUCUGGUUUUACAGGUCUCUAAAAAUCCAGUGUUAACUAGGGUCAGAGAUUGGGGAUCAGGGGUAAGAAGACAUAACCCAAGUUUGCCCAGUUCCCAUUCCAGUUCUUCUAAGGAGUCUUCUUUGUAGAACAUAUGCUCUCUUAUUCUGGAGGGGCUCCUUCUUUGAUUCUCGUUUUGCUAAGGUGGUUUAUUUGGUUGAGGUUACUUACAUUCUGAACCCCCAGGACUCUUAUUCUGAUGAGUAGUAACCCCUACACUGGCACCUCCUGCUACUACCACACAAACUUAGUUUAAAUGCUCUGAUUUGGGCAAGGGUGCUUUCCUUCCAAUACCCCAGUGGCUCUUAUUUUAGCAAAGGGACCCUUUCCCCUAGCCCCGGGUCCCAUAGUCAAGCUGCUUGCCUGCCUCAGCCCAGGGUUGUUUAUUCUGGGGGAGGUAAGCCCUAUUGUUGUCCCAGGGCUUUUUUUUGGUGAGGGGACCCUACUCUGUUAUCCCAAGUGCCCUUAUUCUGGUGAGGAGAAACCCCACUUUCAUGAUUUGGGAGGGAAUGGGAGAUGGACACUACUAGAGUCCACUAGGUUGGGGUGGAUGGUUUUUGGGGGGAAUGGGGUGGGGGAAAUAAGUCUUGUUUGUUCUCCUGGGGCCCCACCCUCCAUCUUUUUCAGAUUCUUGCUGCCUCCUUCUGAGCCAGGGUUGUCCAGUUGCUGAAAUGUAAAUACUUAUUAUUGGGGAAGGGGAGCUCCAACUGUUAUCUUCCUCUUCCUUCUCCCCCUGCCUGGAUUAUUUAAAAAGCCAUGUGUGGAAACCCACUAUUUAAUAAACGUAAUAGAAUCAGAA